AUGUUCGCAAUCCUCCGUGGCCACCCCAACAAAGACCUCGCCGACCUCGGCGAGCAACACAUGCAACACGACUUACAGCCCGAAGACCGCGCCCGUCUGCGCAAGGCCGCCAGCAAAGUGUCCACGCACGCCACGCUCGGCUCUCUCCUCGGUCUAGGUCUGGGCCUCGCCAUGGCCUGGCGUAUCCGCCAGAAUCGCCAGUCGUUGUUCAACGUUUUCCGCAUGGUGUCCAAGCCGACCGAGGUGGUGUUUGCUAAUGGUCGAAGGGAACCAGUCCCAGACCUAGAACCCCUCCUCCGCCCUACCCGCUGGGGUGACAUCGCCACAUACACAGCUUUCGCACUCGGCGGGUCGAUGCUCGGCGGCGAGAUGGGUCUCUUGACCGGCUCGGCGUCCGCCACGAGGACCAUCACCCGCGACCCUGAUUCCCGGCAGCGCAUCGAGGACGCCUUCCGCUUGUUCCAGAUCGACGUGCUCAAGCGCCAGGUGAACAUGUUGGAGCGAGGGCAGGGACAGGGGGAUCGAAUUCGGCGAGGAGGGCGGAGAGCGAGGCUAGCAGCACCUCCAGCUGGGAUAGGCUGA